AUGCCUCCAUCACAUACUCCUACCGUCAACUAUCAAGAGCAUUUUGGAAUUGAUAACAAUAAUUCUAGGAGAAGACGUACGACCAACCCAUUCGAUCAAAAUACUGUCACUCCCAUUCAGGGUAUGUUAUCAUUAGGUGGCGAUGCCCAAGAUGAUUUCGAUUCAACCACAGGCACAGAAGAUUUAAGUGAAGGAGAAGACGAAGGAGAAGACGAAUCUGAAGGUGAUCCUGUCAUGGAAGAUUUGGAAAACAUGGACGAGGAUAUAGGCUUGGACGAUGUCGCAGUUGAAGCUACCAUGGACAAUACACCGUUGUUCGACCCUGCCGCUCUCGGGCUGAAAGAGAUUGGAAAUUUGGCUAGCUGGACUGUUUCUAGUAGUAAACCUGGUUGUGGAGUUCUUGCACUCCGGGACGAUGACACAAAUUUGUUCUGGCAAUCCGAUGGACCCCAGCCUCAUUACCUUAACAUCCAUUUUGCCAAAUUCGCAAAGAUUCGAGCCAUUCGGAUAUUCCUUGAUUUCGAAGCCGAUGAAUCUUAUACUCCAACACGUAUUCAGUUGCUUGGAGGCACAGGCUACCACGACUUGAUUUCGUUUUCUGAACUUUCGUUUGUUCAACCGAAAGGUUGGAUUGAUGUCAACCUUGAUCACGUAGGAGGAGGUUCAGAUGGAAAAACACUACGCGCAUUCAUUAUACAAGUCAAGGUUUUGGAAAACCACCAAAAUGGCAAGGAUACACAUGUUCGUGGACUGAAGAUAUAUUCUUAUGACGAACGUCAUGAAUCUCCUCCGCCAUCAUAUCUUGAUGAAGAAGAAGAUGAGACAUGCUCUUCGAUCGAUCCGAACGAAUUUGGAGGGCCUGACGAUGAUUUGAAGCGUGGAGAUGUAGGUAAUGAUGAUCAAUUCUGGAAGGAUUUUACGCAGGCAAAAAUGGGAGGGCACAAGAUGCCAAACCUAAGUGCUUUGAGCGAGCCUGGGUUCAUGUCCGAGCUAGAACUACGUUGA